CGGGACCCCCAACACCCCCCUCGGACCAGCUACCACAGAGUACAGUACUUUCUCUCAGUGGCUCCCUUCAGUGGCUCCCCACAAUGGCUCCUCUUAGUGGACUGGACCACUCAGUCCUAGGGCUUAAAGGGACUUCUAGGGCACACUCCUGGGAUGUCUCUUGACACUGUUAAAAUGUCCAGGGCUACUGGGGCAAAAGAGCUCGAUCACCACCAGCGCACUGCUGGUAGAAGGGCCGAUCAACCGCGGGACCCCCAACAAAGUUUUCUACUCAAGCAAGCGCUAUCUUCUAGGAACGACAACAUUUUGAAUAUCCCUUCCUGGCCGGGGUAUAUAGUCAUUAUGAUGACGACCCAACCGACUUGUCGCAGGAAGGGAAAAUUUCGCCAGCCAAGGCGAGUGCAGGUCCAUGACGAAGAAGGCUGGACACACAUCACGACCACAAACCGAACGGCAUCUAACAAGCUUUGCGUUCUAUCUCCAAUCAAAGACCUAUUGGUCCCAGCCGAGUCCCCUGAUGGAUUGACUUUCCAGAAACUAAAGAAACAGUUUGAGUGGCACAAAAGAUGCUGGGAGGAGUCGCAGAGCUGGCAGGCUUUGAAGGCGGCCUUGGACAACGAACUUUUGACGGGCCCUGCUAGCAAAGUGGACAAUUGCGUCUGCGUUGGUUUGGGGAGCCCUAGUGGAUUCCUAAGAGGCGGGUGGGUUGACCGCAGGGCUGUGUCUCUCUACCAGUUGGCCGCAUUGGUGACGAUGCUAGAAUAUUUUGCUCGCAAGGAUACUCCGUCCAUCUCCAUCAAAGACUGCUCUGCCCAGGAUCCCGUUUUCAACGCACUGGACAAACAGCUUCUCGAAUAUGCGGGCAUUCGCGUCGUCCAGCACCCCGCAGCUUUUACCCUGAUAAAUGAGCGCACAUUCCUAUAUGCCCCUGGUGCGGAGAGAGUACAUAUUCUGGAUAUGCUGUCGUCAAACCCUGCCCUCUUUUUUGGUGGCACCCUAGACGAUGAAAACCUAGUUCGACUGCCCGAUGAUAAUGAACAAGUCCUAUUGCGAUUCCUUAAGACGAGACGAUCAAUGCUACUUCCACCAUUUGACCCAAAUAUACAUUCAUUUUGGAAAUCAAGCUUAUUUUGGAGACCCGAAGAGAGCUGAUUGCAUAUCAAAUUACAUAAUUUCUAUACCAUC